AUGUUUGCUCUUCAACCUGUGCAAGUUCUUAAUCCUGGAGCUGAUGAAGAAAAGGCUGAGACAGCGCGCCUUUCUUCUUUUAUGGGUGCCAUUGCCAUUGGUGAUCUUGUCAAAAGCACCCUGGGUCCUAAAGGAAUGGAUAAAAUUCUUUUAAGUGGUGAGGGUUUUGAAGUUACUAAUGAUGGUGCCACAAUUCUCAAGUCAAUUGGCGUAGAUAAUCCCGCUGCCAAAAUUCUCGUUGAAAUGAGCAAAGUUCAGGAUUCUGAGGUUGGUGAUGGCACAACAUCUGUAACGGUGUUUGCUUCCGAACUUCUUCGCGAGGCUGAAACACUUGUUGGUGCUAAAUUUCAUCCACAAACUAUCGUUGCCGGAUGGAGGGAAGCAACUAAGGUGGCAUUAAAAGCUUUAGAAAAUGCAGCCCUUCUUCACACAGGAACUAACGCCGAACUUCAUAAUGAUGCCAAUUUUCGUGAACAACUUCUUAAAGUUGCUAGAACGACAUUAAGCUCCAAGCUUCUUACACAUCAUAAUGAACACUUCGCUAAUUUAGCUGUUAAUGCUAUUCUUCGUCUGAAAGGAAGUGGCAAUCUCGAUGCCAUUCAAAUCAUUCAAAAGCUUGGUGGUACUCUUUCUGACUCUUAUCUCGACGAAGGGUUCUUGCUGGACAAGAAAAUUGGUGUAAAUCAGCCGAAGCGCGUGGAAAAUGCCAAAAUUCUUAUUGCUAACACUCCCAUGGAUGCUGAUAAAAUUAAAAUUUUCGGUUCCAAGAUUCGUGUUGAUGCUAUUUCCAAAAUCGCCGAUUUGGAAAUCGCCGAAAAGGAAAAAAUGAAGAAUAAGGUCGAGAAGAUUAUUGGUCAUGGUUGCAAUGUUUUCAUUAACCGGCAGUUAAUUUAUAACUAUCCUGAACAGCUCUUUGCUGACGCUGGUGUUAUGGCUAUUGAGCAUGCAGAUUUUGAAGGAGUUGAGCGUCUAGCACUUGUGACUGGUGGUGAUAUCGUUUCUACUUUCGAUUCUCCCGAAACAGCCAAGCUUGGGCACUGUGAACUUAUUGAGGAGACAACCAUUGGUGAAGAUCGUCUGAUCAAGUUCUCUGGCGUUUCUCUUGGAGAAGCUUGCACAAUCGUUCUUCGCGGGGCUACCAAUUCCAUCUUAGCAGAAGCUGAGCGUUCUCUGCACGAUGCUCUUUGUGUUCUUCAGCAGACUGUUAAAGACCCAAGGACCGUUUGUGGAGGGGGUGCUAUGGAAAUGCUGAUGGCUGAAGCUGUUGCUAAGGCAGCUGCCUCAACCCCUGGCAAGAUAGCUAUUGCUAUGGAAGCCUUUGCCACCGCUCUUAGACGUCUUCCGAGUAUCAUUGCUGAUAACGGAGGUUAUGACAGUGCUGAGCUGGUUUCUCAACUGAGAGCUGCGCAUGCUACUGGCAACCACAACAUGGGACUCGAUAUGGAAAAUGGUUGUAUCGCGAACAUGAAUGAAUUAGGAAUUAACGAGUCCUACAAUGUGAAGAGACAGAUUAUCAUGUCUGCUUCUGAAGCUGCUGAAAUGAUCAUUCGUGUGGAUGAUAUUAUGCGUUCUGCUCCUCGUAAGAGGCAGCCGCAGCAUCAUUAA